GAAAUCGAGAACUCUGAUUUUAAGCUUGCUCCACCACACACACACACAGACGCAGGCAGGCAGGCAGAUAUAACGCUUCUUGAACGUUCAAGAAGACCGAGGACGAGGAGGACGACGAGCGGCAGCGGAAGCGCCUGGAGUUCUUGAUCUUUCCCGUAACGCUCCUGCCAUGGCGGGAGUUGUAACAGCUGGCGUCGGCGGGAAUGUGGCUGUGCUCGCGGGCCAGUGCGAUGGCCGCCAACGACGACGGCGCUCGUCGUCGUCGUGCAAGGCAUCGAUGUCGCUCGUGCCCGCGACGAAGUUUGGUGGCGCGGUGGGAUUGCGGACGAAGGAGAAUGGAGGGCGAGCAUGGCGGAGGGAGUUGAAUUCCAGCGCCGUGCUUGGCGUCAGAGCGGAGAUUCGCACUGAGGAGGCCUCGGCGGAUUCUGUUGCCAUGGCCAUUCCCCAGACGCAGCAAGCUUGGGUUUACCAGGCCUAUGGCGAGAAGGAAGUGAUGAGUAUUGGUGAGGUUGCUGUGCCGGAAUUGAACCCCGACCAAGUGCUGAUCAAGGUCUGUGCAGCGGCUCUCAAUCCUGUCGACUCUAAGCGACGGGGUGGAAAGUUUCAGGCCACAGAUUCGGAUCUUCCUAUUGUACCGGGAUACGAUUGUUCAGGUAUAGUGGUGAAAGUGGGAAGUGAAGUGUCCAAGUUUAAGGUCGGUGAUGAGGUUUAUGGAGACACUUCCGAGUUCUGCCUCAACGGUCCCAAACAGUACGGAACUCUCGCACAGUACACAGCAGCCGAGGAGAAGCUGCUUGCGAAGAAGCCUCAGAGUCUCACUUUUGCCGAAGCUGCGAGCUUACCUUUGGCGCUUCAGACUGCCUAUCAAGGUUGGCAAAAGGCAGGUAUCAAGGAGGGACACAAGGUGAUGGUCCUCGGAGGUGCCGGAGGUGUAGGCACUUUGGCGAUUCAGUUGGCCAAGCAAGUCUUCAAGGCAUCGUCCGUUGCAGCGACGGCAAGUACUGGCAAGGUCGAUCUUUUGAAAAGCUUGGGCGCAGACGUUGUCGUUGACUACACCAAGCAAAAGCUGGAAGAAUGGCCAGAGAAAUACGAUGUUGUGUACGAUACCGUUGGGAAGGGUGAGGGAACGAAGGUCGUGAAGCCUGAUGGUGGACUGGUUGUCAUUACGGGACCUGUAGAGCCGCCAGGCUUUAGAUACGUGAUUGUGUCCAAGGGUUCUGACUUGGAAGAGCUGAACCCUUACUUCGAAACUGGAUCAAUGCAAGCCGUACUCGACCCUCAAGGUUUAUUUCCCUUCACCAAAGUUGUGGAGGCAUUUGGUUACCUGGAAACGGGCCGAGCUUUUGGCAAAGUCGUGAUCUCUCCAAUUGAAUAGGCCUCACGACAUGUAGCAAGAGAUGUGAAGGAUUGGAGGUCAUAAGCCUUCUAAAUUGUGAAUAUUUACAGAAAUAUGCAGCUUGCCCAAGUUCAGUUCUACUUGGAAAACUUUGCAACUGAGUGAUAUAAUAUGUAUCAGAACUUGCCAAUCGUGUUGUUUAAAUCCACAAACUGU